AUGGAUAGCAUGAGUGAGGCAUUUGAUCAAAUGCAAAUGGUCAAGGAUGUUCUAGCCAACAGUGAUAAAGUUUCAGAGGUCCUACAAGAGUCUACUCAUCAGUUCAACCUGCUUACUUCACCCACCUUCCUACCAAAGGUCAAGGAUCAAGGGAAAUUCACUCUCCCUUGCACACUUGGGCAUCUUGAGAUUGACAAUGCCUUAGUGGAUUCUGGAGCAAGCAUCAAUCUGAUCUCUCUCUCCAUGGCAGAGAAGCUAGGCAUAGCUGGAGCCUUGCAGCGCCCUACUACUUCAAUCAUGUUUGGAGAUGCAACUUCUAAGUCUCCUCUUGGAGUGUUCAAGAACUAUCACUUGAAAAUUGGAGAAUGCAUCAUCCAAACUGAUCUCACUGUGAUGGAAAUGGAAGAAGAGAAGGAUUUGCCUUUGUUAUUGGGAACCCCUUUCCUUAGUACAGUUGGCGCUUCAAUAGACUUUCACAAGCAAGAAGUGAUCCUUCACAAGGUGAAUAGUUUGGUGUCAUAUCGCUUGCAGCCUAGAGGUUCAGACUUUUGUGCCACAAUUGACAGUACCAAUCUCAGUUCUAAGAGUCAUGGAGCUACAAAGGUUGUGAAGGAAAGGGUUGACAAGGAACCAAGAGUUGGGAAGGAUAAGGAUGAGAGAGGACCAAGGAUUGAGAAGCCACGUCUUGAGAGGGCUAGAGUUGAGAAACCACGAUCUGAUAGGCCAAGAGCUGAGAGACUUGUUCAAGCCCCUUGUGUGCUUGAUGAAGAGAGCCUUCAAGCUUUGUUUGAUGAGCCACUAGGAAGGGCUCUAAAAGAAGGGGAGGAUGCAGCCUCUAAGGCAAGACCAGGGAUAAAAGAAAGGAUCCACCAGCUCAGGCCCCUUCAGUCAAGCCAUCUCAGCUCACAAUGA